AUGCCUCCCCUCAACCCUACCCUCACAACAACUUCAACCUCAUCCACCCUCCCCCCUCCCUCCUCCAUCACUCUGAACCACAACCACCCCUCCACCUCCACCUCCCAUCCCGAUAAGUACCUGACCCCAAAGAGGAAUCCCACUCUCCUCCGCCGCAAAUCCACCAUCCACCACCUCCGCCACUGGCUCUCGCAGCACCUUCCCAACCCUUCUUCUCCAUCCCCGUCCCCAUCCCACCCCCCGAAACUCCUCCCCCGCUCCAAAUCCCUAAGAAAACCAACCUACCAUCGCUCCCCUCCGCCUCCUCUCCAAUCCCAGAGCCCCCGAGACCUACAACACCAGCCCUGCAAACCCGAAACCGACACCGACACCUUCUCCACAACCAUCUCCACCAGCAGCUCAAGGUCAUCCUCCCCGACCCCGUCCACGAAACACCUGAAUACGGAGUAUGAGGCGUACUGCCGGGCGUUUUCGUCGGGGUUGACGGCCGAGAGUUACGCCUACACUAAGGGAUCUGCCCCGGUGAGGUAUGGAGACGAUCGAGGGGAUCAGGAUCAGGAUCAGGAUCAGCAUUACCCUCAUGCAGAAGCUGCAGCAGCUGCUGCUUCUGCACGCGCAACAAAAGCAAAUCCAGGCCUAGAGCUCAACACCACCACCACCACGGAGAAACCAACCCACCUCCACGCGCGAACAGGGUCACCGGGCAGAAAUGCGGACGCAGACACGAACACGGAGUCUGCAUACGAAAACGCAAACGCAAACGCAAACACAGCCCAGAUCCCCAUCCCUGCUUACAGCACCAGCUACCACCGACCAAACGGGGAAGUUGCAGCAGCAGCAGCAGCAGCAGCAGCAGCAGCAGCAGCGCAGCCCACCCGCUCCACCACACCAAGAACCACAACCACAACCACAACCAGAACCAGAAGAAAACGACCAUGGCGAAUCGACGAGAUCCUUCGACCGGAGGAUGUGCGGAUGUUGUCGGGGGGGUAUCAGCACCAUCACCACCACCACCACCACCACCACCACCACCACCACCAAAACCAAGACCAAGAUCACGACCACCGAGCUCAUCACCCGCAGGAUCGACACGAUCGUCAUGACUAUAGGGAUAGGGAUAGGCAUAGCGAUGCUGAGCCCGAGGGAGAGCCCGAGGGAGUAGAUCCUCCCGAUGAUACCACCACCAACAUAACCCCGAAGAACCAUAACCACACCGGUACCCACAUCAGUAAUGCCGAUAAAAGCAAAGACAUAGAAAUGUCCUACAGCCACAACAACAGCCACAACCCGGAUACCAACAACGAAAGCAAUACCCUCAGUGCCCACCCUCACCCUCAUAUCGCCAUCGCAACUACCACCCCUACUAAUACAAACAUCACUAACGAAACCACCACCACCACCACCACAAAACCAGACCCCGAAGAACCCCUAGAACCAGCAGCACCCAUCUUCCCCCCCACAACAAUCCACCCAACCAACCCAACCACUCAAACCCAGGAGAUCCUGCACUGGCUACGACACCGCUCCUCCCUCGACUCCCUCGAUAGACAAGGCCAAGGCUUCGAGCAGCAUCGAUACCUCCACGAAGGAGUCGACACAGACACCGACGCAGAUACACACACACAUGCAGAGACACAUGCUGCCGCUGCCCCUGCCGCUGCCCCUGCCCCUGCCCACUGGCACCUCCAUCCCCCCCGCCUCUCCCCGCCGCUCCGCGUCCUCACCCCGGCACGAUAUGAACAGCUCCGCAAACACACUACACAAAAACAACCACCCCGAAAACAUUGGUGGGGGGCGGUGCAGAGCUAUUGGGCGCGAAUGCGGCCACGAAGCGAGGCGGCCAGGCGGGAGGCGAAGAGGGAAAAGCAGGAGGCCGACAGGUAA